AUGAAUACAUAUAAACAUUCAAUUAAGUUUAUUGGUAAAACUCUAAUUAAUAAGAAAUUAAGUGAAAGAAAGACAGGAAAGUAUGCAGCGCAGGAAGCGGGGAAAAAGAUGGAUAAAUCAUUAUCUCCCUCUGAGUUGAAUGAUAAAGAACCAUGGUUCUAUUUUAGUUUAUUUGUUCCUACUCCAAGUGGUUCCCUGACUAUUUUGUGCUGUGUUGCCUACGCAAUACUAGUGGAAAGAAUUAAAAAGGAUGUCCAGGAAGAGAAUACUCAGCCGAAUGUUUCGACUAAUCCCAAUAAUAGUUUAAGUUAUGGAUGUUCCAAAUUACCGGAUUUGGGUAACAUCAUUAUUGUAUGGGUUUGA